GGUCCAGUUCAAAAAAAAAAUUCUUCGGAGAACGGAAAAGUUGAUGACCGAUUGGCUAGUGUGCUGGCAGAGAACGCAAGGUGCAGGGGCUGAGGGGUUCACCAGGUUAGUGGGUACCUAAUGGUGGGCAUACCUAAGUGGGACAGCUUUUACGCUCAAGGUUGCAUGGAAUUUUCAAGCUUCCUUACAAGCCUGCAAGCUCAUUGAUCGCGGCAUCUGAACGGUUCUUACCAACACAACAUUCUGGAACGCCAUACACUUUUGCGCAAUGGCGGAUAGAAGACGAAUAAAUGGCCCUGUUGGCCAAACAAUUCCUCCCAUAUACGAUGCUCCUCGAGAGAAAAUAAUAGCAAAGCGUCCGGGCGAUAAUGUUGUCCGAAAGAUCUUUCUCAAAACAGGAGUUACUCCCUCAGCUUCGGGAUCCGCAUAUCUUGAAAUCGAAGACCCAUUUGCGACUCGUCCUUCAGGCACGAGCUUGAAGCUGACCUGCACCGUUCAUGGCCCUCGAGCACUUCCGCGAUCCGCGCCUUUCUCUCCUCAUAUCAUUCUUUCGACGCACGUCAAAUAUGCACCUUUUGCGACGAGACAAAGACGAAGCUACUUACGCGACUCGAGUGAGAGGGAUCUCGGAGUUCAUCUGGAAACGGCACUACGGGGCGCAAUUAUCGCGGAUCGUUGGCCUAAAAGUGGUGUUGACAUCAUCGUCACUAUAAUUGAAGGAGAUCAGAACCGUGACUCACCAGAUUACGAUAGAGAUGAAGGCUGGGAUAUGAUGAACGUCUUAAGUGGGUGCAUUACUGUUGCCUCUGCGGCCAUUGCGGACGCUGGCAUCGACUGCGUCGAUACUGUCGCCGGAGGCGUUGCGGCCCUAGCUGCCCAGGACGAGAAGAGUCAGCCGAGCAUCGUCCUCGAUCCGGAUGUUGCCUCAUAUCAUAAAAUAUUCGCGGCGUGUUGCGUCGCAUACCUACCGACGAGGGAUGAGGUGACCAAUGUUUGGUUUAAGGGUCAGCUACCCGGCGCCGACGCUAUGCUUUACAACAAGCUGGUAGAGAGAAGCCUUGUAGCCUGCCGCAAUGCAAACCGUGUGCUCAUCCAGGCGUUGAAUGAAACGGUCAAACCAGGGCAAGAUGUUUCUUAAACCUAACAGGCUUAUAAGAUGGACAUCUAGUCAUUGGUAGAUGCGGUUCUGGGGGCAAGUAGAAAAACUCGUAUGCGGAAAGCCUGGACAGGCAUUGAUGGCAUAUCGAGUUCGGAGUCCAACUCCUCUCUGAACGUGAGCCAUGCUCCAUUUAUGACAUGGAUUCGUACGGUAUUUAAGAAAGCCGAAUACCUCGUAUUAGGCUCGACGUUAAUAAACAGCCAAUAUGAGAUGAGGUCUGCUGGAGGGAAAGGGCAUGCCAUGUGUCAUGUACCAUGAUGACUGAAGGCAAAUGUUGAAGACGUUGAUAGAGGUGGUCCAUCACCCGCGGUUGCGAUUCUUUGGGGAUGAUGCAUCUCUUUUCGAAACUACGGAUGUGAGUGUGAGUAAUUAAACUUGGUGAGGACUUAAAAUGUCUCUCACUUACGGACUUAGCAAUUUAAAUAUACCCAAGUAAAAACAGAGUCGCAAUGAUGUAGAGCUAUUCAGGAACUAAUAUGUGCAAACAUGCAGAUACACAAUAAACACUCCAAGAACCUUAGCUCCCAUCUACCUGGUACCUAUCGAGUAGCAAAUCAAUGCAGGUAGGUACCUAAGGUUAGGUAGAUAUAUUAAA